AUGGACGCGCAGAAUGGAGUCGCCAACCCACGGAAAAGAAGACGGAGAAGACGUCUUGACCGCCCUCCUAUUUCGGCGCGACUACUGCUCGACGACCGCGUGAAGGGUGAGGUCGGAGUGCUGUCGGAGGAUCUCUUCAAUGAUCUGUUCCCUGGAGCGAGAAGCAAGAGCGCUGCCAAUGGAGAUACGCCAGACUCGGAUCGCAUCCAACACGUCGCAAUCACCCCGUGGCUGCCGACCUCCAUCGCCGCUUCCCAGAACAAUCCCUGGACCAUCCUGCCAGUGCGACCAGCCGACAAGACGGAAACCGGCACAGCGCGCCCGCACUCGUCACUCCAGAUCCCCACGUCGUCUCUCGCACUGCAGUCUUUCUCCCAACUCCUCCAAAAUGUCGCCCCGAACAAGACACAGAGACGGGAUACGCCCAUCGAGGUGCGCAUAUACGAUGUUGUGCCGGUCGGGCUUGAUACAGUCUACGUCAAUCUGGACACGGAAGCGCUGCGGAAGCUAGAUGAGGUGCAUGCGAAGUUCGGCGGAGGCUUCAUUGCUCAGAUGAAUGGCUCGUCACGAGCUCCGAAAAGCCGCUAUGUGGAAGCGAACGGAACAAAAGGCAAGGCGGUGGAUCUCGCCGCGCAAGAGGAGGCCUGGCGACAGGCCGUACGCGAAGCCCUACAACUACCUACCGUCCUUCAUACUGGCGACCUGCUUCCUCUGAAGCUUCCCGCCCAUCCCAUCACCCAUGUCCCACCUCCACCAGCCAAGAUCAGCGCCUCCGAGCCCGUGUCGCAAGGUCUCUUGCUACCGAGCACGAGGAUCGUGAUACUGCAAUCGCAUCGAAGCAGCUCUAAGCAGCCCGUUAUCAUGCCUCCGGUGAAACAGCCUCCUACGACCAACGGAUUUGGCGACGAUGAUGAGGCUGACGACACCUCGAACGACACCUUCUACUCGGCCGCAGAGGACAACUCGCGCAAUGUCUCCCCACCCGACGGGGAAUCUACAGACAACUUCGAUUCAGAGCUCUCGGAGAGCGAUGCGGGAGACCUGUCCGACGAGUCCGACGACAUCAUAUCGCUGAACGCGCCUAUGCUCCCGCCUCAGUCAUCCGGUGCACUUUCAAUCUUUUCCUCCGCGACCCCACGACCCGGAAACUUCGGACGCCCUAAUGGCAUCGCAACGCCAGGGUCGGUAUACUCCAAUUUCACAGCUACGACAGCCCGUGGUGGUCCGGCGAAUAAGAGCAAGGUCUUCAAAGCCCAGGGCCUUCUCCAGCGUGUCCCAGAUGACCUUAUCCACCCGAAGCCGGGAAGCGAGGAUGACGAGGAAGCGCGCGUAUUUGUCGACAUCAACACAUUGGUCAAAGUCGGUUGCUUCUCGGGCGACUGGGUUAAGCUUGGGGGCACCGAAGCCCCUUCAUCACAUCCGCUCUGGGGCUUAGGUGCAUUUGGCGGAGUAGACGAGGAAGAUAAUACGAAUUGGCGCCCCGUCAGGGUCUUUGGCCUGCCAGAAAACAUGUCCAAGAAGGUUGCGAGAUAUCCGGUACAAAAGAUGGCAGAUACCGAUCGAAGGAGUAGUUUCUCGGGCUUCUCACAACCAAUCUCGUCGUUGCAUGCCUAUCUCUCGCCAAUUCUUCUCGCAAACCUAGGCAGUCCUUCUCACCUCCGCAUCACUCCGCUAGCCCCCAGUCAGUCUUCUCAUCUUCCUAGGAGCGCCAUUCAGAAGCCACGUCUGAGCAGCUCUUCUUUGCCUCCGUCUGCCAAAGAGGUCACCCUUAUGAAAGUGUCAACGCCUCUGUCGUCAGAUCGUCUACUUCAACCCAGUCUCUUCGCGGCAUUGAAAGACCACUUUGAGCAAAAGAGGAGAAUUGUAAAGAGUGGUGAUCUGAUAGGCGUAUCAAUCGACGAAUCGCUUGGUCGGGCGGUAUUCCAAACCGCGACAGAAGAAGACGCUGGCAACGAGGAGCUGCUGGCCAGAGCCAAACCAACAGCUAGCGAUGAAAGCACCAGCGUCAGCAGCCGCAAUCCAAAGGUCGUAUCCUGGUUCAAGAUUGGCAAUGUAUCGAGUUCUACCCAUGCAUCUCACGACGGCGAAGAAGCCGACAUAUGGGGUGGUGCUGUCACAGUAGAUGCUGCCAGCACCAAAAUGGAGAUGAACGGCAGCGAGCAGGGCAAGACUCCAGCUCCCAUCAACAAUGCCUGGCAAUACUAUCUUGGUGCCAAACGAGCCCCUGUUUCGAGCUCGCAGAAGACGAUGUCACUAGACGAGCUGCCCAAGCCCUACAUUUCAUCACUUCGCAGACGGUUGCGAGAACUCAUGUCUGUGGCUACCAGUCCGCGAGCCAUCCACCUGGGCCUGCCACCUAUCGCAGUCUUGAUCACCUCGACUCAACGUGGCAUCGGAAAGUCUACCCUCGCUACGAAAGCUUGCGAAGAUCUCGGCCUGCACACUUUUGCGAUUGAUGCCUUUGAUAUCAUCACCGAAGGUGGUGCUGGAGGUGGCGAUGUCAAAACUGAAGGUUUCUUGAAAGCUAGGGCAGAACGAGGAUUGACAUGUGGUGCUGAGUUCACAGCAUUGCUUGUCAAGCACGUCGACGCACUCAACGCCGAUCGCAUGAACACCGCGCUGAAAGAGAUAUUGGCCGACUCUCGCGUGCUAAUUGCAACUACAACCGAGAUCGACAAGGUACCGGAAGGCAUCCGAGGACUCUUCACCCACGAGAUUGAGAUGACAGCACCCGAUGAAGGCGAACGAGAAGGCAUUCUAAGAAGUAUCGUUGAUGAUGCCGGUAUUAGACUAUCCCCUGAGGUAGACCUUGGAAAUGUCGCUGUCAAGACUGCCGCUCUUGUAGCUGGCGACCUCGUAGAUGUUGUCGAUCGAGCUUUAGUCGCAAAGCAGCAACGUCUCGAAGCACUCGCCGCAUCCUCUACAAAAUCGCUCUCAUCGUCCGAGACAAUCACCACACGCGACAUUGAACUAGCAGGAGGGCACUUCAGCAACAGUCUCACGAAAGCUGAUCUGGAUACCGCAGUAGAUGCAGCGCGCAAGAACUUCGCAGAUGCAAUUGGAGCACCCAAGAUCCCCAACGUCGGAUGGUCAGAUGUCGGUGGUCUCACGCACGUGAAAGACGCAGUCAUGGAGACUAUCCAACUUCCAUUGUCACGUCCCGAGCUAUUCGCCAAGGGCAUGAAGAAGCGCAGUGGUAUCUUGUUCUACGGUCCACCCGGAACAGGAAAGACGCUGCUUGCAAAGGCCAUCGCUACAGAGUUCUCCCUCAAUUUCUUCAGUGUCAAGGGACCUGAGCUACUCAACAUGUACAUUGGUGAAUCCGAAGCCAAUGUACGUCGUGUCUUCCAACGCGCCCGCGAUGCCCGUCCUUGUGUUGUUUUCUUCGACGAAUUGGACUCUGUUGCACCCAAGCGUGGUAACCAAGGUGACAGCGGUGGCGUUAUGGACCGUAUUGUCAGUCAACUGCUUGCCGAGCUGGACGGUAUGAGUGAUGGAGGAGAAGGUGUUUUCGUCAUUGGAGCAACUAACAGACCCGAUCUACUCGACCAAGCCUUACUGCGUCCCGGUCGCUUCGAUAAGAUGCUGUACCUGGGUGUUUCCGAUACCCACGAGAAGCAGCAGACCAUCUUGGAAGCUCUGACAAGAAAAUUCACACUCCACCCCUCCCUCUCCCUCCAACGCGUAUCCCAAGGCCUCCCCUUCACCUACACAGGAGCAGACAUGUACGCCCUCUGCUCCGACGCCAUGCUUAAAGCCAUCACCCGCUCUGCCAAGAUCGUCGACGAAAAAGUCGCUGCUCACAACGCCACCCAUUCCCCUCCCAUCACCAUUGCGUAUUUCUUCGACCAUCUCGCCACGGAAGAAGAUACCGCUGUCAUGGUCACAGAAGAAGACUUCAUGGAAGCCCACAAGGAACUCGUCCCUAGUGUUAGUGCCGAUGAACUCCGGCAUUACGAUAGGGUCAGGAAACAGUUUGAAGGCGCGGGCAAGAAGGAGGACAAGAAGGAGAAUGGGGCUGCGCCGGCUGUUCAGCCGGUGACUAGCGCGAAGGGGAAGGGUAAGGCGAAGGCGCCGAUCGAUGAGGUUGAGGAUAUGGUUGUCAGGACGGAGAAUUUGGAGGUUAAUGGGUUUGGCAAUGGGGAUGCGAAUGGGUCGGUUGGAGGUAGAGGGAGUGGGAGUGGGAGUGGGAAGGGGAAGGCGCCGGCGAAUCAUACGCCGGGGAAGAGUAGUGUUGAUAUCGCUGAAGGGGGCUUUGGCGAUGCGACCAUGGACGAUGAUUUGUACUCUUAG